CGAGGACCUCUUAAAAACAUUGCCUUAAACAAGCUGUUGUCGUAAUACAUAAUUACUUAACUUUCGUUUGGAAAAAUUUUUAUUUUUGUUGAAUUUUCAGUUGCACAUCGGCUGAUUAAGGAAGUUGCAAUAUUUUCAGGCACGUGUGUAGACUACUGUUUAAUGUAACUAGUGUUACCCGCUUAGAAACUGGCAACCAGCUAGCUUCGAAAGCCUCGGAGCGCGAUGCCCAAGAAGUUUCAGGGCGAGAACUCCAAGUCGGCCACGGCGCGCGCGCGCAAGGCGGAGGCGAAGGCGGCGGCGGAAGCGCGCAAGCAGCAGGAGCUUGAGGACGCGCUGUGGCAAGACAACGACAAGCACGUGCUGAAGAAGGAGCAGCGCAAGGAUGACAAGGAGAAGAAGCGCCUAGAGGCCCUGGAGCGAAAAAGGGAGAACCAGCGGCUGCUUGAGGAGGAGAAUGCUAAAUUAAAGGGCAGAGCAUCCAAAGACCCUAUGGGGGGCAAGGUGACCCGGGCGCAGAUCGAGGAAACACUGCGCAAUGAGCAGAAGCAGCAGCAGCAGCAGGAGGUCAAGGAGAAAGAAAAGACUCACCUGGAGAAACCUUUGGAAGAAAAUGUGAAUCGUAUUGUCCUAGAAGAAGGCACAGUUGAGGCUAGAACUAUUGAGGAUGCUAUUGCAGCACUUGGCACAGUGGAGGAGCCCGAUCGACAUCCGGAACGCCGAAUGAAAGCUGCGUUUGCUGCAUUUGAAGAAUUGCACAUGCCUCGCCUAAAAAAGGAAAACCCUAACAUGCGGCUAUCGCAACUCAAGCAGCAGCUGAAGAAGGAGUGGGUGAAGUCUCCUGAGAAUCCCCUGAACCAGCGCUUCACUACUUAUAAUACCAAGUAAACAAAGAGAGCAAAUAGAAAGUACACAACAGAGGGACCCAACGAGCAGUGCGUGUAAUUAACAUUGAAUUCCCAAAUGAAAACACUUCACGCAAAACUACUGGGACUGGAGAAGCACCAUCCACAGCUAUGGUUUCUAUGCCCCAAUUAGCUGUAAGAACUUUGUGGCAACCUGUGUUUGAAAGAAAAAGUGGUCCAGCAGCUAAUCUUUGUGUCUUUCUUACUUCCUAUAUCCCUUGGUGGUGUCACUAUGUCAGCAUCCAGCCUUCUUUUUGCCACACAUUAGACUUUUCUCCAGCCUUGCUUGAACCAUUGAUGCAGUAGCUGUCUCAGCUAUGCUUAGAGUUGCAAGUUACUGAAUGGAAGUAAGAAAGUUAGCAGGGCUGUCACUCUAUAAUAUGGACCCAGAGGGAAUUUUGAACUUUUCUGAUGAGCUGCUCUUUCUGCUGGUGUGCCCCCCCCCCCCCCCCAUUAUUGUGCAGAAACACUGAGAAAUCACAGCAAGCUCCAGAAAGCUCUCCUCAGACAGUAUUUUAUUGCUUGCUGGGUUGGACUUGCUGUCAACACCAAUGUACAACUUCAUAACAGUCUGCAUUGCAAAUAAAAGUAAAUUCUGUUGUAUGUAGAGGUUGCAUGAUGUGAUUUGAACGCGUUUGCAUUCAUGCAUGAUGACAAAGCAGCCAUUUUUUUCUCCACAAAAUAAAACUUUUUUUUUUCCA